AUGUACGAUCGUGGAUUUGGCGUUGACACUGUUGAUGGUGCUGAUGGAUACUUCGAUCGUUGAGUAUCACCUAUUGAAGCGGAUAUAUUGGUAUCCUACGCAACUACACCUGGCUAUGUUUCGUGGCGAAAUUCGGUGAGAGGCAGCUGGUUCGUGCAGAGUAUCUGUGAAGUAUUUGCAAAAUAUGCAAAAACAACCGAUAUUUUGUCUAUGUUAACAUUGGUGAACAAACAGGUUGCCGAUGCAUUUGAGAGUUCCACGGGAUCAUUCAAGCAAAUUCCGGAUCAUUCCUCCAGGCUGCGCAAAGAUUUUUACUUCUUUCCAGGCGUAACAAAGCCAUUCACUUGA